CUCAGUCGACGAGCAACUUUGGCAGCGUUUAGACGCCCGUGUGCAUGUGCGUGUGCCCCGUUCAACAACAACAAAGCCGAGUGGCAAUGUGCAAAAAUAAAAAAUCUAUAUAUAUUUUAAAUUGAAUAUAGAAAACCGAGAAACCCACACUCGCACACACUUGGCAGCGCACACACAGACGAGCCAGAGAGCGCGAGCGGAAAUACUUAAAAAAGCUAAAACGUCGAAAAGUGGAAGUAAAAAAGUGGCCGUAUCGGUGUAUCGGCAUCUAGAAAGUGUGGCCAACAAAAGUGACAUCACACUCCGGGCAGCAGAAAAAUCAGCAAAGGAGCUAGAGUUUAAGGAACAUACGAGAAAUCCGAUUCGAAAUCGAAAUCAAAAUCGAGCGGUAGUCGCACGCGUCGUUGCUCAAGGUGAGAACGCGCCACCCCCCUCCCCCUAAAGCACCCACUGCGUCCAAAAAAAUAAAAAAAUUAAUCUCAACAACUGGCACGACAAGUAGUCGCCGCCGUCGAAAAGUCACACAGACCAAGUAUCAACAAAAGGAAAUAAAUUAAAAAUUUUGUCGCUACGCAGCGAGACGACGGAUUCGAUAGCGGUACGGUUUUUUUUUCACCCACCAAAUCACCGAUGAAGCCCACUGUGAUGGCGGCCAAUCAGGCGCCCAGCAAUUCCGGCAAUGGCUCAACCGGCGGACCCGGAGUCAAUAUACCCGUGAGUCGGGAGUAUGUCAGUGGUGGCUACGGAUCGCCCCAGCAGCAGGCGGCGCAGAGUCCACACUUCCACAAUCCCCCGCAAAACGCUUACGGAUCGCCCAGGCAGCAGCAGCAGCACUUCCAGCAGCACCCCCAGCAGGUUCCCCCAAAUCAGCAGCAGCAACAUUUUCAGCCGACCUUUGGAUUCGAACCGAACAUGGACAUGGACAACAUGUUCCCGCGCUCGCACCUGGGCAGGAUGCAUGAUCCCUUCGCCGGCUUCGGCGACUCACACUUUGGAUUCCCGCGCUUCUCGACUAUGGGUCGCCGCGGACGGAUGCCAGGUGCGGCUAACAACCACAUGGAUCACGACGACGACUUCUUCAACCGGCUGCCCUCGGAGUUCCGCCAGUAUAUCCCAGAUGGUUUCGGUGCCAGACGUGGACCGGGAGUACCUACUGCUCCGGGACCAGUUCCCCAGCAGCAGCCACAGCAGCCGCCGCCGCCGCAGCAGCAUCCCCAGCAGCACUACCAGUACGCUGUGCCGCCCCAGCAACAGCAGGUCUACGUGGGACCACCACAGCAACAGGUGCCGCAGUCGCCCUCGAAGCGACUCUGUGACGCUGCCAUCCAGACGGAGGAUCCCGCUGGCCGCUCGGAGGUGGACUGUGCCCCGCCGGCCAAUCUGAACCAGCAUGGCCUUCGGAACACUGUGGACAUGGGCGUUAAGAGUGCCGCCGAGCAGGAUCAGGGACUGCGAUCCCACUCCGCUCCUCCGCCAGAGCAGCAGCAGCAAAAUCUGCUCUACCAGCAGCAACAGCAACCGCAACCGGGAGCACAUCAUCAACAGUUUGGCACCCAGACCAGUCCGCCCGUCCAGGGUCAGCAGUUCAAGUCCUACUAUGCGCCCCAGCAGCAGACACAUCCCCAGCAGAAGCAGCCCACUCCGCCGCCAGCCCCACAGACCCCUGGUGGUACCUAUGUGCGCACCAUACCCAUCUUCGUGGAGGGACGCACCGAGCCGAUUAUCAAUGCCCACAAGGAGAUACCCAACCAGAAUGCUCCGCCAAGUGCCCAGGCCCAGGCUCAAGCUCAGGCUCACUUUGCACCACCACAGCAGCAGAGACCCACGCCUCUGAACACGCAGCAGGCGCAGGCCCAUCCCGACCAGGAGGUGCCAGCUGAGGGAGCCGCUGGAGUGCCACCACAGACGCCACACACCCUCAAUUCGAUCAACAAGAUCCAGGACAUACAGCGCGAUGUACUGGAGCUGAUGGGCAAAGUGGAGCAAUUCAAGGGCACGCGCCAGGAGAAAGAGUACGCCUACCUGGACGAGAUGCUGACCCGUAACCUGCUCAAGCUGGACACAAUCGACACGAACGGCAAGGACAGCAUCCGCCUGGCCCGAAAGGAGGCCAUCAAAUGCAUUCAGGCUUCCAUAAAUGUGCUGGAGGCCAAGGCCGAGGAGAAUGCCAGGCUGGCGUCGGGAGCAGCAGCUGCCAGUGCAGGCCCAGUUGAAUCAGUGGAGACGGCUGCAGUUGCUGCCCCAGAAGCCGCCGGUCAAAUUGCGGAGCCAUUGACUCCACAGCCACAGGAUGCUACGAAAAUCCAGGAGCCCAUCCCUCUGCCGCCGCCACCAAAUGCUGCACCCGUCGAAGGAUCAGCUGCUCCCGUAGCCAGCGUGGUGGAGCCUCUGGCUGCCGGUGAGACCACCGCGCAGUCGGAGACAACCACCACGACAUCGGAAUGAUGAACAGAGCGCCUCUACAGGGCGACCGUUUCGAAGAAGCUACGCAAAUUUACCAAAUUCAAGUGACAACAAACGGACGAUAGAGGCGAGUCCCGAUCCUGAACCCGACUCAUCAAAGGACAGCGACAGACCUGAUUUAACUGGAUUCGAUGGGAAUGGGCUUGGGAAUUGAAUGCAGAUGUGAAUGUGAUCAAGAGGAGCUGGAGCCGGCGACGGAUCUUUGCUAGUAUUUCGUAGAAGCAUACCCGUACUAUCUAAACAUGCAAAUCUCAUGUGUCGAACACUCAACACUCAACACCCAACACUCAUCCCCACACAUCAUCAUCAUAGCACACACACACAGCAUAGAUUAUAGGCUAGUAAGGAAAAUAAUAAUGAGAAAAAGUGCCUGCAUAGAGAAUUCGAAAGAUAACAGAACGAAAACGAUUUGGCAACGAGAGUUGUCCUUCACAGAAAAGAGCUGAUUAUGUUUAAGCGAUAGAGAUCACCAUGAGGAUAUUUUUGAACCUGAGUCCACUUUUUAUACGUAAAUUGCACCGAGGAGCAGCAGUGGGCACAGCAAGCCGCCGUAUGAUCUCAUACAAAUCUACAGCAAUCGCGCUUGCUUGCCACCGACACCACCAUCAAGCUUUGCUGCAGGUGAAUUGUUAAACAAAAGUAAACACUUCUAGAGAAACUAUGAUAACUAUUUAUGCUACUAAUUAAUGCGAAAAUAAAUGUAGAUAUUGUUGACUAUA